AUGGACGACAACACUCGCCGUAGGAGGCAGAAUGAAACGCCUCUCCAGCACAACACCAAUAGAUAUCACCAGACAGUGCAGAACCCGACGCAGCAGCAGGCACACCGCACUAUGACUGGCUCCUCCUCCGACAGAUAUCGGCCUGCCCCCAUCAACACUUCACCUCCAGCCGCGGGGCGGGCGGGCUUGAGCGGGAGCUCGGCUGGUUAUGGCACCUACUACCAAGAACCCUCGGCCACAAACUUCCCAACAGCAACCGGGAUGCAGCAGAACACGAUGGGCUACCACCAGUCUGCAACUGGUUACGGACAAGAUGCCCGGCAGACGCAGAGCUUUGCCGGUUCGUACAACCCGAACCUGAUGUACAAUGUACCUCAGGCGGGUGCACAGAGUGCCGUUUAUGAUACGACGGGCAGCCAAUUCGACCUACGGCAGCCCGCAGCUCAGCAGAUUAUGCCAACGGAUGUUACAAACACCUACUUCUCCGGCGAGCCAACGAACGCCACUGCUGCUUCGGCUCUGCAGCAGCAGCAGCCCUCUAGCGCACAAACGACAGCUGUAUAUCAAUCGGGCUCAGCUGACACUAGGAAUACCCUGAUGAACUAUCCGAGCAACAUCACCGGCAUGGGAACCAUGGCGACCCAGGCGACGACAACCGCGCCUGACGUGAGCAUGGAGGAGUCCGGAGACUACCAAGCAGGUGCUGAUCUCAACCAGGCUUAUUCGCAAUACCAGGACGCCCUGAAGGAGAUAUUCUCCAACAUCAAGAAAGGAGCUCUGCAGACGGCUGGUGAAUCUCUCUCCAACGUGUCAGAGUGGCUCCUGUCUCAUGUACACGAACUCGGACUUACUUCUGAUGACCAGAGUCUGCACUCGGACAGGAUCAAGCUCUGGAAUGACUUUAACCAUGCCUGGCUCGCCAUGUUUCAAGCACAAAAAGAUCUCAUGGAGUCUGGCAUGCAGCUGAGUAGAAAUCAGAGCUUGGUUACGGAUGAGAAUCUUCAAAAGAUGGGAGACGAACUCGUCAGACUCUGCGACAACAUCGAAAGGCACGGUCUCGUUGAUUACCAGUAUGGUGUAUGGGAGACACAAAUUAUUGAUAUUCUUGAAGAGUGCAAAGAGCUCUACAAGUCCGAAGAUACCGCCGCAGCGUCCAGCUCUAGUCGGUAAAAUCAAUCCUGUGCUCGCCAAUCAUGAGCUGCGCCAGUACAUGAAGUUGCGCUCAUAUUACUAUGCGUUGUUUGUUCGAAAGACAGAAAAGAAAGAAAAAAACACAUCGCGCGAACUCAAUUUUGAUCGUUCUAUCUUAUUUUCUUUCUCGACUGAAGAUGGUUCUGGGAACUGAACGCCUCGGACCGGCUCCACGAGCUCUUGCAGAACUCUUCAAGAAUUGAUCGUCUGUCCAAGAAUUUAACGACGGGCGAUCCGGUAUGGGGCAUUAGGGAGGUCUUAGUGGGCGGGAGGACAUGCUUUUCGGAAGGCGCAUGGCACUGUGGAUGGUCGAAGGGUACUACGGCACAAUACAUAUUGUGACGAUGGAUUUGUGCAGGGCAUCAGAUCCCCCGGCAACGAGGAGUUUUGGAGAACCCUCUUUUCCCCCCAAAAGGCGACAUUAACAGAUCCCUCUUCCUCCCACAUCGCGCAUAGAAUGUCGAGGCCCUCACGGGCACAGUGUGGUUGCUUAUUUUUUAUUUUAUUUCUUUGCUUUUUGCUUAGUGUACGAAAAUUGUUUCUUCUCUUGUCUCUCUCUGUCUCUUUCUUCCGAUUAUUGUUGUAACGUCAUUCUUCACGGGAGGGGGGGGGGGUAAAAAAAUCACGGGGCUGGCGGGGCGGAAAAACUGAGUGAACUCGGGCGGCGGUAGUUUGAUAUUGUUUCCUUCUGUUUUCUUUCUUCCCUUCUACCAAGGUUGAGCUGCGCUUUCCCAUGUCGAUCUAUUGCUGACGGCUGGAGGUGGCAUUGUCUU